AUGCAUAUAUGUAAGGCAAUUCGCAAGCGUUCUAUCCCUAUCGAAACUUCCAAAUGUGGAACAGUUGAGAUUGGAGAUCUUGUCGUUUGCUUCCAGGACAUUACUGGAACAAAUGCUGCAUAUGUAGGGCGUCCACACGCCAUUCCUAAGUGGAAUGGUCUCCUACCUAAAUCAGGAGAAAUGGAUGAUAUUGUAGUUCUUGCGGGGCUGUUGACAAGAAAAUCCAUCGAGGAACGAUGUGAACAGCUAAGAGCUGGAGUUGAAAUGGGCAGUCCUGAUUAUAUGAUAAAGAUAUGGUGCAGGAGAGGCUAUCUAUUUUUCUCAACACGUGCACCAGAACAAAAGCUUACGUUGUUUGCUCUACGGCUUGCCAUUCUUGAAAAAAUGGCAACCGGAUUAGGAACACUCGGGUUCAUAUGGGCGACUGUUGUACUUCUAGGCGGUUUCGCAAUUACUCUUGAUACCAACGAUUUUUGGUUUGUUACUGUCAUACUUCUUAUUGAAGGAGCUAGGAUUUUCAGUAGGAGUCAUGAACUUGAAUGGCAACAUCAAGCUACAUGGUCAUUCUCAGAUGCUGGCAAAUUUAGUUUUCGAGCUUUAAAAUCUAGUUCUCAUUUCUUUGUUCGAACCGUUAAGGCAAUUUUUAAGCCUGUCUUGACAAUUCGUCCACAAAGUCACCAUGAUCGAGCGAUAACAAAAGAUGCCCAGACAGCAAAAUACGCAAAUCAGAAUGGUGAUAAGAUGUCGACGCGAACUUGGAGAACUUCAGAUGUUCCUUUGAUUCCAUACACAGGAUGGGUUUUUCUUUCAAGAAACAUCAGUAAGUUCCUUUAUUGGCUUCAGUUGUUUUCAGCUUCUGCAUGUGUUACUCUAUCGAUGAUUCGGCUCGUUCAGCAAGAUUUUGGAGAGAUUAGCAAAGGAGAUUCUGACAAGAGAAACAGAAAAUCUGCUCUAAACAUUUUCUACUCGUUAGCCUUGGCUGAAGCUAUGUUAUUUCUGUUGGAGAAAGCGUACUGGGAAUGGACAGUAAUUUAUCAUAAAUUGUUGGAAAAUGUAAACAGGGAGUGCGAAUUCGAUCCUUCUGGUAUGGUCUCUAUUAAGAGAUUUUUCUAUGAUGCUUACUCAAAAUGUGUGAAUGGAAGCGUCUUUGAUGGAUUGAAAAUGGAUCUUGUUUCUUUUGCUAUGGAACUGUUAGCUUCUGAAUCAUAUGAUGAACAGCUUACUGGAGCUAGAAUCUUGCGAAAGCUUGCUACAAGUGAGAGAUUUAGUGAAGAUACACUACAGAAGAUUGGGAUUUCGAUUUAUGUAAUGGAAAGAUUGGUAGAGAUGUUGAAUUGGAAGGACCCCUUAGAAGAAGAGAUUCGGCGAUCCGCAGCAGAAAUUCUGUCGAUACUAGCCGGCAAAAAACAAAACUCCCUCCGGGUUGCAGGAAUUCCUGGUGCAAUGGAAUCAAUAUCGUCACUUCUCAAUACUGGCCAAAGCUCUAGGGGUGCAGGAGACGAAAUUUGCCAAAAGAACAUCGUCUGCGACCGAGAAAACUACGAGUUUUCAGCAUUUAAUCAUCUGGGUCUUCUUAUUCUGAAGAAACUUGCUCGUGAUCAUGAUAACUGCGGCAAGAUUGGGAACACAAGAGGACUUCUACCCAAGAUUAUUGAUUUUACUCACACUGGACAGAGGUUUCUCAGGGAAAAUCAUGUCACAGAAGCUCAAGUUAUGACGGUGAAACGAUCACUGCAAGUCAUAAAGAUGCUCUCAAGCACAACCGGCGCAACAGGUAAACUCCUACGACUGGAGAUUUCAGAGAUUGUUUUCACAAUAAGCAACAUCAGAGACAUUCUACGCUACGGAGAAAAUUACACAAUACUGCAAAAACUAGGGAUUGAGAUAUUAACUAGUUUAGCAUUGGAAGAAGUUGCAACAGAAAGAAUUGGCAGUACAGGUGGAGUUCUCAAAGAUCUAUUCAGAAUUUUCUUUAAUAAGGAUAUAUUAGAAAGUCAGAAUUCUGUGAGAGUUGCAGCUGGUGAAGCAUUAGCAAUGCUAGCAUUCGAAAGUGAAAGUAACUGCGGUCGCAUUUUGAAACUAAAAAUGGUGGAGAAGCUUGUGACAGCAUUGAAAGAUCGAACACUCUCCGUAAAUUCAGCGAGAAUUUUAAGGAAUUUAUGUUCAUAUAGUUCAUCUGAUUGUCUCAUUCAGUUAAGAGGAGUCAUUCCUGCAGCACCAUAUGUACUUCAAGCAAUAAUGUUAGAAGGGAACAAAAUGCAGGAGGUGAUGUUAGGCUUGGCAGCAAAGAUAUUCAGGUUCAUGACUUCUCUAGAGUCAGAUAUCAUAUUUGAAGAAACUGGAAUAAAAGCGAUUGAAUUGGCCAAAAAGUUGGUUCAAAUUCUGGAACAUUAUGAGUACCCACCAGUAAAGGUUCCUAGAAUAAGAAGGUUUACAAUUGAACUGGCUAUUUGGAUGAUUAAAGAGAAAAAAGAAUACAUUAAAAUUUUCAAGCACCUUGGAAUGGAGAAACAACUAGAGAAUGUCACGGAAACAACAUCAGAGCUUGAGAGUUUCAAUGUUUUCUCUGGUACAAUUGGUCUGAGCAGAGAUAGCACAACCAUUCACUCACUUGUGGAAACAGCAACGGACCUUUUGGCUGAUGAGUGAAUUCAAGCGUAUUUUUAUUUUACUAAAGAGAACUCUUAUGCCUGCAUUUAUUUAUUUUUUAAUUUAUUUGAGCAACAAUAAAUGGA